CAACUCUCGUGGGGUUCGCCGUUCGCCCCAGCCAUCCGGCGACAGGCUCAACUGCCGAACAGCCCACCGCACGGCGUGCACAACCUCUCACCUCCCCGGCGGCUCCCCUGAUCUCCCUCCCGUUCGUCGCUCGCCGUCCUCCGAGCCCCCGGCCCGCGGCAGCUAUGUACCGUAUCGGGAGCCACCUCCGCUCUCUCAAGCAACAUGGUUCUAGUAGGCUAGCUAGUACAAGUGUUGCGAAGCAGUCUCCCGGUGGUUUGUUUGGUUGGCUUCUGGGGGGGAAGUCAACCCAGAUUCCUCCUCUUGAUAUCCCUCUCCCAGGCAUCACAUUUCCUCCGCCACUACCAGACUUUAUAGAGCCAGCUAAGACAAUAGUCACCACUCUUCCGAAUGGCAUCAAAAUUGCUUCUGAAACGUCAAUGAGUCCAGCUGCAUCAGUGGGACUGUAUGUUGAUUGUGGUUCUAUAUAUGAAACACCUAAUUCAUCUGGAGCAUCACAUCUAUUGGAGAGAAUGGCAUUCAAGAGCACCACAAACAGGAGUCAUUUGCGUCUAGUACGUGAGGUAGAAUCCAUUGGCGGGAAUAUCUCUGCUUCAGCUUCUCGUGAACAAAUGUGCUACACCUAUGAUGCAUUCAAGGCCUAUGUACCCGAUAUGGUUGAAGUGCUUAUUGACAGUGUGAGGAACCCAGCAUUUUUUGAUUGGGAGGUUCAAGAGCAGUUGCAGAAGAUCAAAGCUGAAAUAGCUGAAGCUUCUGAUAAUCCUCAAGGCUUACUUUUAGAGGCACUCCAUUCUGCUGGCUAUUCUGGUGCAUUGGCAAAGCCCCUCAUGGCACCAGAAUCUGCUAUACAUAGACUGAACAGUAGCAUCCUUGAGGAAUUCAUUGCUGAAAAUUUCACAGCUCCCAGGAUGGUCCUAGCGGCAUCUGGAGUCGAGCAUGAUGUCUUAGUUUCAAUUGCCGAGCCACUUCUGUCCGAUCUUCCUGGUGUGAAGCGUCCUGAAGAGCCAAAAUCAGUUUAUGUGGGAGGUGACUAUCGUUGUCAAGCAGACUCUCCAAACACACAUGUUGCUCUUGCUUUCGAAGUACCAGGUGGAUGGUAUGAAGAGAAAACAGCUAUUAUUGUUACAGUGCUUCAGAUGCUCAUGGGGGGAGGAGGUUCUUUUUCGGCUGGUGGUCCUGGGAAGGGCAUGCAUUCUAGAUUAUAUCUACGGAUAUUAAACCACUACCAGCAGAUUGAGUCAUUCUCCGCGUUCACCAGUAUCUACAACCAUUCUGGUCUUUUUGGAAUUCAUGCAACAACUAGCCCAGAUUUUGCCUCCAAGGCUGUUGAUUUGGCAGCAGGAGAACUUCUUGAAGUUGCCACUCCUGGAAAUGUUACACAAGAGCAGCUUGAUCGAGCUAAACAGGCAACUAAAUCUGCGGUUUUGAUGAACUUGGAAUCAAGAGCUGUAGCAUCUGAAGACAUGGGGAGGCAGAUUUUGACUUAUGGGGAAAGGAAACCCAUAGAGCAUUUCUUGAAAGAUCUUGAAGCAAUCACUUUGAAUGACAUUUCUUCAACUGCCAACAAUAUUAUCUCUUCACCCCUUACAAUGGCAUCAUGGGGUGAUGUUAUUCAUGUCCCGAGCUAUGAGUCUGUUAGCCGGAAGUUUCACUCAAAGUGAGCAAGCCUAUUGCGUAGUGCCUGCAUGUCAUGCUCCAACCACACAACUGCACAAGGUGCACAUGUGUAACUCUUCAUAUACCUAAUUUUCUUGAUAUUUACAAGCGAGAUAACAGUCACAUGGCUGUGGUACUGGCUGUCUUUUUUAGUUCCUUUUUCUCUUUUUCUAGCCAUCUUGUUUGUUUGUAUUGUGCUGAGCAAUAAGUAGAGCUGAGCUGUUUCAGGUAGAUUUAUAAAGCAGAAACAAAUAAACAUUUUUAAACCAUUUCCAUGAUAUUUUGUUUGACAAA